AUGGCUUUUUUGCAAAACUGUUUACAUGGCCUGCUCAAGGCGAACACAGGUCGGUUUCUGGCCAGUCGUUUACCGAUUCUGAGCAGCAACAUUAACGAAAACACUGAAAAUGACAUCUUUUGCAUUCAGAAACGAUAUGCAGCUCGAAAGGGCAAGCGAAUUGCUGCUACACGAGAGAAACAACGCCUAGCUCGAAUACGACGAGAAGAGAUGAAGAAUGCUCCCCCAAAAGUAUGGAAACCCAAAAAGUACCUCGUGGACAAACGUUUGAAUGCAGUUUCUAAAAAGUUCAACGACGAAAAUCGAAAGGAACUUAGCGAAAUUGUGGACAAUGUUUACAUUUUGGAGCACUACAAAGAGAGAAAGCUCUCCAUUCCUGAGGCUUUAGCCUUUUUACGGGAAACUCAUCAAGAAGGCAUUUACGACGAACCAAAUGCACUUGUGCAGGCCAAGGUUGAACUUGAUUUGCGAACUAAGAAAAAGACCAAGUUUGUGGAAAACUUCCGGAGCAUCAUCUCUUUUUCAAACGCAUUUGAACAUGGCACAAAGCGAAAAGUCGUGGCCAUUUGCAAGAGCGAUGAUGACCAAGAAGCUGCCAAGAAUGCCGGUGCCGAAAUUGUCGGUUCGACAGACAUUAUUCAAAUGCUGAAGGCAGGAGAGCUUUCAAUGGAGAAUUUUGACGACCUCGUUUGCCAUGGUGAUAUGCUCAUUGAGUUGGCCGCCAUAAAAAAGGAAAUCAACUACUAUUUCCCAACUAAACAACGGGGAAACAUCGGCUUUGACAUGGCUCGAUUGGUGACACACUUUGUCAAUGGUUUCGAGUACAAGCUAAUCAAGGACGACAUUGAGCCUGACUAUGGCUAUGUUCAGUUGCCUUUUGGUCGGUUGGGACAGAACGAUCAGGCGCUGGAAGAAAACAUUGAAACAGUCCUCAGCUCUAUAGAUCAACACAAACCACCAGGAGCGCCAGGUGAUUUUAUAUCAAGAGUUUUAAUUUUAUCGGAACCUUCUCCUGAAAAGUUUCCCAUCUCGUUUUGGAAUUACAUUGACGGAUACAGUGAUCCCAACGAUUUGAGUGAAGAGGACGAAGAAGAAAAGGGCGCAGCACCUAAAAAGAAUUCGGCAAAAAACUAA